AACAUAUGUGUUGCUUCAUAAGAACAAGAAACAUAAAGAAUUACUUUUUCUUAACAAAAAGUAAUUUCAACGCAUCAACAGUAGAAAUUUACUUGCAAAUGUAUUAAAAUUAAUUUCUUUUAUUUUCGAUCCUUUAAUAUCAUAAUGAUUAAAGCGAUUUUAGUGUUUAAUAACCAUGGAAAACCACGCCUUUCCAAGUUCUAUCAAUAUUUUAACGAAGACAUGCAACAGCAAAUCAUUAAAGAAACUUUCCAAUUGGUAUCGAAACGUGACGAUAACGUUUGUAACUUUUUAGAGGGGGGCAGCCUAAUCGGAGGUUCCGAUUACAAGCUUAUUUAUCGCCACUACGCAACUUUAUAUUUUGUCUUCUGUGUUGACUCGUCAGAGAGCGAAUUAGGUAUUUUGGAUUUGAUUCAAGUAUUUGUUGAGACUUUGGAUAAAUGCUUUGAAAAUGUUUGUGAAUUGGAUUUGAUUUUUCACGCUGAUGCCGUGCAUCAUAUACUUUCCGAAUUGGUAAUGGGUGGGAUGGUUUUGCAAACAAAUAUGAGCGAUAUAAUGGCAAGGAUUGAGGAGCAAAAUAAGUUGGUUAAACAAGAAGCUGGCAUAUCGGCAGCACCGGCUCGAGCCGUGAGUGCCGUGAAAAGCAUGAACAUUCCACAGCAAAUUAAAGAUAUUAAACUGCCAGAUUUACCUCAAGCUAUUAAGGAUUUGAAAUUCUGACCAGGGCAAAGUUCUGCUUCUGCUCUGGUGGAUACUUUUGUGCUGCAACGUCUCACCGCCACAACCCAACUUAAUCAUGCUACAGCUUUAAGUUCAUUGGCUGCAUACGCCUUUAAUAAUAGCAAUAGCAUCAACACAACAACCACUCAAAAUAACAACAAUAAUAACAAUUUACUGAAUUUUUCCAAUAAAAAUCUUGAUCUAUCAUCGGUUACGACCGCUGGCCAAUUUGCUCAGUAUCUUAAUCAAAGCAUUUAUGAACCUAUAGAGGAUAAUGAUGUACCGGGCGUAAUGCCGAACGCUGGCGACUUGGCUUCAGUUCUUAACUUUGAUUACUAUCAGUCACAGGCCUACAUGGAACCAGAGGGGGCCUCAUCCUUUGAAUUUAAUUCCAAUCCGACAAGUAGCCGAGGCAGUCAAUUAGCUCAAAUUGCUGACAAACAUGAACAAAGCUUGAAAUUGGUGCGAGAAUCGUUCGAUUUGAAUGUUCCAAAUCACGCCAAAUCAUCGGCACUACAACGCACCCAGAAAAAGAAACAUAAGAAAUCGAAGAAGC